AUGAAUAUAGAUACUCAACCAAUUGUAUUUCCUUCAGUAUUCUUCUUUAAUGGAGCUGGGCUUCAAAAGGUAUUGAUUAAAAAUGAAAUUACUAAAGAUAGUGUUUCAUCAUCAAUAUUUCAAUUAACAAUGGUAUCAGUUUUGAGUCAACAAAUUCCUAAUCAACAAAUUCCUAAUCAACAACAACCAGUAAAUACUUUUAAUCAACAACCUACACAAAUAAAUUCAUCUAAUCAACAAAAACAAAAAGAUGAUGAUGAAAUCAAAGUAAUGAAAGGAGAAUUAAAAAGAAGGGAGAAAGAAAGAAAAGCACGUGAAGAACAAAGAAUAAAAGAAGAAAUGGUUGAACAAAAUUUAAUUAAAGAAAAUGAAAAACAGAGAAAAGAAGAUGAAGAAUAUAAAAAAACCUUAAUUAAACGUAUUAAAUUAGAAAAAGAAAAUAAAAUUCAACAACAACAACAGGAAGAACAACAAAGAGAAUUAGAAUUAAAACAACAAAAACAAGAAAAAGAAGAAAAGAAACAAAAGGUUCAUAUAGCCAUUAGACUACCAAAUGGAGAAAUAAAGAAAGAAUAUUUUGAAAAACAAGAUACUCUUCAAAAAGUUUAUAACUUUGUUAUGGGUUUUGGAUUUGAUAAAUUUGUUCUUAUUGAUGGAAUUAAGAAAAAUGAAUUUACUGAUCUUCAACAAACAUUAGAAAAUUUAGGAUUUUGGCCAUCUAUUUUAUUACAUGUUGUUAUAAAAAGUGUAGGAGAAAAAAAAGAGCCUAUGUUUGGAACAGGAAAUGGAACAGAAAAUGUGCCACAACAAACAUGGUAUGAAUGGUUUAAGUCAAUGUUUUAA